UGUGAAGGCUCUCAUAGGGUAGUACAUGCUGUCAAAGAUAUCAGCGGGUCUUACCUUCUACAGCACGCCGUCUUUACUGUUUGCACCAAAAACACGGGUUCAAAAUCGGGCCCAAGCGCACCUAGGACUUGUUUUGUGUGAUCACAUAAUCAGCAUGCCGGUCCAGGUCGUUUCACCCAUGUAUCAUAUGCUCGUCGACGAAUUACAGGACGCAGUCGCAGACGUAUGCCUUUUCACCCACUCCCGGGCGUAUCACCUGACACCCGAAGAGGAGGCGAUGGCUGCUGUGCAGAAAGAUUCGACACGAUACACGUUAGUAGAAAGUUCUGAGUUAAGUAGGGGCAGAAAUCGUGUAUGUGGAUUCCAUCCACAAGAUGAGAAAAUAUCCUGUAUUGCGCAACGCGUGGCAUUCCGUCACCGUUGUCACUGGAAAUUCGAGUGGCCAAAGGAAAUACCGGCUACGAAAGGGAUAAAUAUGACACCAAACUUCAUGCAAUUUUGCAUAAACUGAAUACCAAAUAUAAGGGGACCUGUUCAGGGUACCGCGCUAGGUACUCCUAUCUUGCAGCAAAUUUUCGCAGACUUUCGCACAUUGGUGGGCCAUCGCCUGUUGACUAGGGAACCCCUAGAUGUGGGUGAAAGUUACAGUGAAACUAUCGCGAGCAAGUCCGUCCGAGGGUUGGCCUCCAUCGUGGUAUUGC